UAAUUCUUCUAGCUUCAUUUUUACCUCGACCGAGAAUUAUUUUGACGUGUUGUCUACGAUUUUGUGACAUUUCAAGAUGGUUUGUGAAAAGUGCGAGAAGAAACUGGGGCGAGUCAUCACACCCGAUACAUGGAAAGAUGGAGCUAGAAACACAACAGAGAGCGGUGGUCGCAAGCUCAAUGAAAACAAAAUGCUGACAUCCAAAAAAGCGAGGUUUGAUCCGUAUGGGAAAUCUGGAUUUGCCACUUGCAGAAUAUGCAAAAGCUCAGUCCAUCAGUCUGGUUCACACUAUUGCCAGGGAUGUGCUUACAAAAAAGGAAUUUGUGCCAUGUGUGGGAAGAAGGUUAUUGACACUAAGAACUACAAACAGACCUCAGUUUGAAUGAUGAUACGUUGGAGAUGUUUGUGAAUGACCUCGUUGACUCUUCCUAUGUUGAGAAUGAUCAUUAAGUUCACAAGAGUUCAGUUUGCAGUAUUUUGUGGCAAACGGGCUGCAGAAUGAUUGCACUAGCUUAUGACUGUAUUUGUAUGAAAAUACGUCAGUGGUAUUUUUCUCCUUUUAGAGCAAUAUAUUGGCUUGUACUGUUUGGAUAAUGUAGAUGCCUUCUUAUUUGCUGGAGAACACUUUUUGUAAAUGCUCUCUAUUUCUCUUUUAUUUUAUUUUAAUGAUUGCAGUGGUUAGGCAAUUCAAAUAAACCAAUCCCUGACAAGUUAGAUUUUCUUCAUAAUGAUUUAUUGCAUUUCUUAUUCAUUUAUUUGGGAUUAUUUAGCCAUCACAGCAUACCAAAGUUUUUGAUUUUUAAAUGUUGCCAGUUCCCAUAAUUGGUCAAAAAAAGUGUUUAUUUUUCUUGCUGUAAGGCGUCUCCUCAAGUUCCUGGAAGGCCGCAGCUCUGCACAGUUGAGCUUUAACUCUAAUUAAACACAUCUGAUCAAA